UCGAAGCUGACCAUCCCAAUCUACCAAUCCUAAAAAAACGUAACCCAGAAAAAUUCGUGAACAGCCUUAAACGACGGAUCAAAAUGGAUCCCCAAUUCCGAAGCACCGGUGGCCAGAAAGCAGGCUGUAAGAGAGGAGGGCGACGGUAACCAACGAUGAUCGAUCCCUGGCUAGGUCGAGAGGGGUUGUUGCGUACAAUUAGGCACCCUGUUCGAACAGCAGCGGAGGGCUGCCGAUUGGUCGAGGUCGGCCACUCCUCUAGGCGUAUCCUGACGACGAGCAGAGCUAACCACAGCGAGCAUACCGUUCGCCUCGAGCUAGUACACAUCCUGAAGAGCGGAGGCCCCUCAGUUCAAGCAGCGACUUCGUGUCGCACAUAUCGACACGCAGUGUUUUCCGCGUACAACGAGUUUACUCGCCAAAGACGGGUCGACACAUCGAGUCGAGCUAUCAGUGAAUUUUGUCGGAACAGAGAAACGCAAGUGUCCUGUAGAUUACUUUGUCCUGGUGAUGAAGGGACCAAUUAAGUUUUAGGGAUUUCUCCUUAACGACUGGUCAGUGAUUGUACCACUAGUGAUUUGAUGAUCAUUGGGAGGAUUGUGGUUACCUGGGACGAAAUUGGGACCAUCCACAGGUGAUACCGGCGCUAACUUGCCAGAGCAGCCACUACUAUGGUGGUACUGAGUCGCGUUGGGUCGCCGACUAUGUCAGCGACUGUCGCCGGCAAUCAGCAACAACAGCAUCCUCAUCAAGAAUGGGACAUCAACGACUCCAACGUUCCGAGGGUGGUGGAGUACGAUCCCUGGUGCGAAUGGGCGGACGGUCACGUGAGAAGGGUCUAUGGACCAGACUGUGAAGAAGCUAGAAGACACGCAUCAGGGUGGGCAAUGAGGAACACGAACAACCACAACGUCAGCAUCUUGAAGAAAUCCUGUCUCGGUGUUCUCGUCUGUUCGCAAGAAUGUAUACUACCCGGUGGUGGGAGAGUUCAUCUUCGACCAGCAAUUUGUGACAAGGCGAGGAAGAAGCAGCAAGGGAAACCGUGCCCGAACAGACAAUGUACGGGUCGUUUGGAAAUACUCUCGUGUCGUGGGCAUUGCGGUUACCCUGUGACACAUUUCUGGCGGCACACCGAGCAUGCGAUAUUCUUCCAGGCAAAAGGACAACACGAUCAUCCGCGACCGGAAGCGAAAUCCACUUCCGAGGCGAGAAGAAGCGUCGGUGCUGGACGAAGGGUGCGGGGACUCGCGGUCCUCCUCGCCAACGAGGCUGCUUUAGGUUCUAAAUUGAUGUCACUGAGAGGAACUAAAAGACCGAACUCGGAGACGCUCGAGCAGCCGCCAAGAUCGACGCAACCACCACCACUUAUACCGGACAAAGGAUACUCGUGUUCCUGUCCACCAUUCGAGUGCAUGUGUCCCCUGCAGACGAACGUACAGUCGUUUCAGCAACAGCACCAUCAGCCAGGGAUGUACUCGCAACAGACCUCAUCGAACGACGCGCCGUACUGGAUGCAGGAUCCCGUGCAACCUCAAGAGAACCUAGGUUACAACCUGCCGAAUCAGGUUUCCCAGGAGGCCUCGUAUUCCGAUUUCCCCCCGUUCACCGGUGAAUUGCUGCAACCAGAAGAGAUUUUUCAAUUAGAUCAACCUUUGAGACCGGAUUUCCCCGUCAACUCCCAGGACGUAGCAAGAUCGCCGCCUACUCUGUUGGACCUGGGCAGUGGUACUAUCAAGUACGAGUUGAAGCACCAGGAUCAAACCUACUGGCAUCAAUUCCUGAGCGAAGAUUCCAGCAGUAGCCAUCUUAGUAUACCUCAGGACGACAGGCUCCAGUUUGCCGGUUUCGAGCCGGACAAGGACUCCAACGGCUAUUGCCCCAAGAGACCCUUGAAUCACUUCGUCCCCGACAAGAACAUCCACCAGAACCAUCAGCUGAACAAUCCCCUGAACUUCCAGGAUUACCAACGAAACCAGAAUCACAAGAGUUUCCUCGACGGGGCAGCGAAGAACGACCAGGAGGCCAAUUACUGGGUCCAAAAUCAUCAGGACGAUCGUUUAAACUUCCCCGGAUUCGAUCCCCAGAAAGACGAGGACCUGUUGACUUCUAGGAAAAACGUGAACUGCUUCACCAAGGAGAACUGCCAACCUCCUCUGAUGGACAGAGCCAAUUACAACGUGUACCCGAAGAAAGAGAACGGCAUGACUGAUCCUGUACGUCCCAGUCGUAGUCCCAUAACUUACGACGGCUACAGUCAGCUGUUCGAUCAUUCGGAUACCAAGAGUCAGCUGACCAUCACGUGUCGACCUCAUCAGACCCGAAUGGUUCUCGACGAGAGAUUGCAGAACAAUUAUGGAAACCACGAGACCAAUCCGGACACCACCGAAAGGUUGUUUCCGGAUUCCAACGGAAUCGACACGUCGUUGCAGUCGCAAAGUAGCCCAGAACCAUUUUUCUACCCCAGUAACGAUCGCUGCCAUUACACUUGCGAGGUGCUGGACACCCGGCUACCUCAGAUGAACAUGAACACCGGAAACACCCAGACGGGGAUCAAUUAUGGAGAUGUCAGCGAGUUGGAUCUACCACCCUUCGUCGAUUACACGCUGGUAGGAAUGCUGUGCAGCUCCGCGGAAGAGGACGCUUCGAAUUUGUUACCUAGUUGCCCUCAAAACGCGCAGAGCUACGUCCCGCACCAUUAGAUCAUUCUGUCGACCAUCUUCCUUUGUAUUAUAAAUAUUAAAUAUACGAUAGUUGCAACUCGAACGUUUUUUCCUCCUUUUAUCCUUUAAUAAUAUUGGAAAUCUUACGACCUCGAGGUUUGCCAAGAGGCAUUUUCUUGGCUUAUUUAACGAUACGUUCCAUGGAAAAGGAAAUAAGAAGGGAUCGAAAGCAGUAGAGUCGAGAAAUUAGCUUGAAAAAAGGUCUCCUGGUUUAGUCGUAAUUUAUUUAUUCGUAACAGAUACUCUCACGAUCACAACUGUAUGUAUGUUAUGUAAUAUAAUCAUAUAUACCUAUUUGCGUUACACUUUCUCGGAUUACAUGCGCGAUACUCAUUUCUCUCGUUUCUUUCCGUACGGCUUCUCUCUUUCUCCUCAAGCGACAAACUCUAGGCAGACGCGAGUAACGAAAUCGACUAUGAAUCCGCUCGCGUGUUCGUCGAACGAUCAAUCGAAUAGUCUCGAAAGAACCUUCAACUCUCGACGAUGAUCGAAAGCUAAUAUCGAAGAGAAAAGAGUGCGUGAGCGGAUGAUUCGUUCGUAAGCGUACCCUAGCUAAUAGUAAGAUCAUAGUCAACGAGUUAAGAAAGGAGAAUCGCUGAACCGCACGCUCGCGGAUCCUUUCGACCCCGUUACACCCCAUAAGAUUGCGCUUUUAUUCUCCGGAAAGAUCCCCGCGUCCGAAAGUGUCAUCCAACCGAGUAUAUCUCGAGAUCUAAUUUUCCUAUGAAGAGGGUCGAUCGUUCGACGAAAUAUUUUAUUCCAUCGGGACAAAAAUCAAACUCGUCUCUUUCGCUAUUUACUCCGACUAUUUGAUGUCCAAGAAAGAACAGAUACAUCGGCGGUAUUCAAAGAGAAAACAUUAGGUAAAUAUACUGUUCAAAAGACGCACCUAAGCACCUUCGUUUUCACACGCAUCAACCUCAAACUCUUAAGUAACUUUCAGAAGAUUUUAAACGGAUAGUUUAGUGUACAUGAUUUUUGAAAAGAAACAUAUUUAUAAUAAAACGAUAACAUAAUAAUGGUAUGUCUCGUUUUAAGGUUAGAUUAGCUACUAUAUUCGCACUAUGUUCAACUACGAUACGAUCACUGUAUCGUAAGUUUAAUUUUCAAUAACAUUUUAGAGAACGUUCUUAGGUCACACUCGAAGGUGUGACGAGGUCAGCGAAGGUAAGUCACUUAAACGGUACGUUUACCAAAGAUAAAAAGCAAACCUAAAGAUUACGUUACACGAUAUCGCAAAAAUUUCCUCGUAUCUUAUACUCUUUCGUUUGUACGUGAAUUACGAUUACACCCCCUCGCACAGUGUGUAUAAACCUUUCUAAGCGUAUAAAUUUUGGUCGGUAAAAAAAAGAAUAUUCUAUAAUAUCGAAUUACAUUUGUCCUAUACACGUCACACAUAAAACAAACCUUAUAUCUCGUUACGCUACGUUUACAUAACAUUUUUUUUUCAACAUUUUUUCUUACUUUUGUCUCUUUAGGCAUCUAAGUAAAAAAUGGGGAAAGGGAAAUUGAGGGAUAAAGGGCAAGGGCUGGAAAAUGUGUUCUGUCAGAGAAUCGCUAGAAAAAUAAAAACGCGUCUUUAUCCUCCGCACGCACACACGCAUUCUCUUUCUUCUCUUCGUCGUCAUCUUUUACAAAAUUUCUCUCUUCGACGUUCUUCGCGAUCUGACGCGUGCUUCUUCAUCCGAGAAAAGAAAAAUCUUCGUGUCGGGAAUCGUAUGAUCCGUGUUAUAAUCUUUCGUUAAACGAAUCACAACGUUUCGAUCAAACUUGUCCCCUCGAUUUUUCAGGCGAUCGUGCCUCUAUCUGACGAGGCUAAGUAACACAGCUAAAACACGUUGCAGGCACGUUGCUUUGAUAUAUGAAUUUCGGUAGACCCGUGUGCAUAGAUAACUUUCUUUUAAUCGUGGAAAAGUCCUGGUAUUGUAACUAAAGUCUCCCAUUUAAUCGCGCGUGUAAAAAUGUCAAUGUUACACGAGUUAGGCAAACAUUAAACAGUUGCUUCCCCUACGUUUUCCUUUAAAAGGAAAGAGAGCAAUCUUUGCACGACGCUACGCAUCACGCACCUAAACCAGGACGAACAAUUAGGAAUUCGUGAAUAUUCGGCCGACGGAUCGAAGGAAUUCACGCGAGAACCAGCUGUUCGAGUACUCGGCAAAUCGUGUUAGAAGCUGGAGUCUCGCGUCAUUCAGAAGGGAGAAAACUUUAUUCCCGUCGGUUUUGAUUUUUGCUUGCAACUAACCGCGGCCCAAUGGAGCGUUCCGAAGGAACUUGGGCAAAACUGGAAUUUCAAAUCGAUUACACGGACAUUUUACGAUAAAUACGAAAUCGAUCUUUGUUGCUUGAUACAUCUCGAACUUGUUAAAGUAAUUUCAAUUGGAAAACUGAACAUUGGAUUUGGAAAAUAAAUCGAUAUCGCCGUAGAACAUAAGCUGCCGCGUCGAGUGACCGUCUGAUCGGCGUUGCAGCUAAAUGCUCGUCCAACGAUCGUCGAAUUGCUAUAACGAAAGCGUAAAUGGACGCAGUGCAACGCGUGUAAAGUCUUUCCUAUGUUAAUAAUAAUUUUACGAGUCUAAAAAACUUCAAGACUAUCGCAUGUGCAAUUCAUCAUGGAUCAGCCUCAUCGAUGAUUUCACGAACUGAUCUGCUGUUAAAUCCGAAUAAAGAUAGUAACAGGACAUAAAGACUGUGACUCUUUCUGGUUCUGGAAAUUGUAAAUUGGACUAAUUGCAGUCGUGAACAGGUGUUUAUGUACACGGGGAACAAGCAUUUAAUUAAAUUAUAUUACAUGUAUCUUAGAUAAUUGCUAAUACGUUUCAUGAUACGCUGUGAUACUUGACAAUUGCGUUUAAAUUUAAGAAAAUUAUGCUUCGUUCGAGUGUUAAAUUAGAAGGAUAUCUUUUUACUUGACCAUGUGGCAUAACGUGUUUGAACUUUCAACUUGAGUACCUACAAAGGUAUUGAAAUUUUACUUUCUUCGAUAGUUUUCGUGUUCAAUUUUGAUUCGAAGCUUGCCAGACCACCAGUGACCCACGGUUAUAUCACAGUCACAACUUUCAUCGAGUUUAGAGACUCUGUGAUUUAACUUGGAAACGGAAGGGACUAAAAUUGAGAAAAAAGCAUGAUAUUAGUUAUCGUUUUCUGUGAUUAAGUACUAUGAUGGCAUUUUUGGACCCACUUUAAAAUGUUUACCACGCAGCUUUUAUUCCACGCAACGCGGAACUCGUACAUCGUUUAUAUAAAUAAGGUUUUAACACUUUCGAUGCUCCAUAGUAAACGUAUUAACAAGAAGCUAGCCAAGUAUCCGUAGCACGACCGUUAAGAAAUCUCAGAUGAAACCAAGUCGCCGUUCCCAGUGCACAAUCUUCAUAAAUCAUUGUUAACGAUCACCUUCGAAGUUAAAUUCGAGGAAUUCGUAUAAGUUAUUGAAAUGAAAGGAAUUCGUGGUAGAUCCGUACAUAAAGUGCGUGUUUCGAUCGACGGAGGAGGAAACCCCUCGCAAAGAAGCUUUUCUGCUCGUGCUACGCCAGAAGCGGUUGCUUAUCAUUCUCUCGAUAAACUACAACCUAUCGAACGAACGAAUUAUCUGUUCGUUUUCGUCUUGCUUGUCGCUCGACCUCGAAAAUCAGAGGGGAAACGAGCGAUCGAGCCAGCGAUUCGAUCACGAGUUUCGCGAUUCACAAAAAA